CUUCCCUCCGCGAACCGGGUUCCCUCCCCGCAGCAGCACGGCUUCUCUUCCUCCGCUCAGCUACAGGGGCUUCCCCUCAGCCGCCGUCGCCGCCGGCCAAGCCCCGCCGCGCCCGCGGCCCGCGGCCGCAAUGCAGUUUAUGUUGCUUUUUAGUCGUCAGGGAAAGCUUCGACUGCAGAAAUGGUAUGUCCCAUUAUCAGACAAAGAGAAGAAAAAGAUCACAAGAGAACUUGUUCAAACCGUUUUAGCACGGAAACCUAAAAUGUGCAGCUUUCUUGAGUGGCGAGAUCUGAAGAUUGUUUACAAAAGAUAUGCCAGUCUAUAUUUUUGCUGUGCUAUUGAGGAUCAGGACAAUGAACUAAUUACCCUGGAAAUAAUUCAUCGUUAUGUGGAAUUACUUGAUAAGUAUUUUGGCAGUGUGUGUGAACUUGAUAUCAUCUUUAAUUUUGAGAAGGCUUAUUUUAUUUUGGAUGAGUUUCUUUUGGGAGGAGAAGUUCAGGAAACAUCCAAGAAAAAUGUCCUUAAGGCAAUAGAGCAGGCUGAUCUACUGCAGGAGUGCUGGGGCUGCAUGAUACAUCUUAGUGCUAUACAACAUCUUUGUGGAAGUAGUAAUUAAUAAAUCUUUUGGACUGCAUGAAAAUGGAAAGAAUUUUGAGGAUAUCCCCCCUGCUGUUUCAUUUUAUUCAUUUUGAGUCAACUCUUGUUACUCUGGUGUGUUUGUAAUAAUGAAAAGCUGGAAUACCUUAAAAUAUUCAGUAACUGUAAACCUGAUUUUCAAAAGUAUUUGACAAAAAGUCACAGUAAUAAAUACAUUUUUGUAUCACAAUAGUUACAUGUACAUAAACCUAAAAAAAUUUUGGUUAAAUAAUAUAUACUUACUCAUAUUUCUUGUUUCAUAGUCUCACAUUUUCUGUUCUAUUCUUUUUGUCAAUGCUGAUCCUGAUCUACUAAAUUGAUUGCAUGAGCCCUAGGAUUGGGACCUGCACAGGGCCCUGCAAAGAGCAUAUUCCUGGCUGUUGGUGGUUUAUUAAUUUGUUUAUUAUUUAUUUAUUUAUUUAUUUAUUAUUAUUUAUUUAUUUAUUUAUUAAAUUGAAGUAAGUUGACAUGAUUUUUUUCUUUAAAAAGUACUUUCUGAAAAAUUUCAGGGUUUGAGUUCUUUUUUUCCCCGAGACAUUCUUUUUUAUUUUCUUUUAUUCUUUCCUCUGUUGUCUUUUUUUUUUUUUAAUAAAAAUUCCCAUUAUAGGAAAAUUAACAAAUACAGGGAAGCACACUAGAACAUAAUCUUACCUACCAACCAGAGACAACUAGAUUAAUUCUGGUUCUCAACUAAGGUUUGGGGUGGUCAAUUUUGCCUCCUCAGGGGACAUUGGGCAGUGUCUGCACAUGUUUUUGAUUGUCACUACUAGCCAUGAGGUGCUACUGGCAUCUAGUAGGUAAAGAUCAAGGACACUGUUAAAUAUCCAACAGUGCCCAGAACAGCCCUCUCAGAGUAAGAAAUUAUCCGGCCUCAAGUGUCAGCGGUGCCAAGGUCCAGAAACCCUGGUUUAAUUUACCACCAUGUAAUAUAUAAAGAUUUCAUUUAUAGAUUCCAUUUACAUUUAUGGACUGCUACAUAUUUUUGAUAUAAUAUAUAGUUCAGAUUAUAAAUGACUGGCUGAAAAUGAAUCAAAAGUAGAAGGGGAAAAAAGACCCUAAAAAUUGUGAAAGAAGGACAAAUGUGCUCAAGUAAAUGGCUAUAAGAGAUCACCUCUGUGAUUCACCAAAAUUACUUUUACUUGAUAACCAGAGAUAACACAGCAAAACAUAAUGGGAUGUCACUAUAUAAUUUAAUUUCUUCAACAACAGCCAAAUCUGGAAACAGAAUUGAGCAUACCCUGCAGGCAGUUAGUACACUUGAUUUUUCUGCUGAUUUCCCUAUCUGCCUUAGGGAUUUGAUAAUUCCUAAAGAGAGGAAUAGUUUAAAUGACCAGAAUUUACCUACAUAGACUUAUGUUAUACAUAUAGACUUUUUUGUUGUUUUUCUCUUAUACCCUGUUAGCCUUAAAGAAUUUACUUAGUAAAGAUAUUUAGAGUUUGAAUAUUUGAAAUUCAGUGAUUCUAAGAAAUCUUUUAUAUUUUGAAAACCCUGAUUAAAUUUAGGGCCAAGUGGAAGUUAUAAUCCAAGUGGAAGACCAGGGCAAAUACAGUACAAUUAUCCUAAAAUGUGCUUAAAACUAUUUCUUUACAGUCUAAAGUUAUAUUAGCUAAGUUAAUUAUUCUGCCUCUUUAUUUAAAAAGUACAAUUAACUGCCAGAGAAAGUAAUUUCUCUUUACUAUUUUAUCACUAAUGGGUUUUAGAGCAGGGUUUUAGAAAAUGUUGUUAACCUCAUUAUUUUUAAGACAAAUUUUAAGACAAAUGUGAUAGAAAUAGACUAGAAGCACAACAGAAUAAGAUAGCAGCAGAUAUGAAUAAGUAAUACACAGAUGAAAGAAAAAACAAGUGGUCCUUUGACUAAGGGAAUGUAAAUUAUCUAUUAGCCUUUUUAUUUUUUAUUUUUUUGAUUUGUUUCUUGGAUUGGCAAAGAAGAAUUCUUUGCUGCUUAUGAGCACUUAAAUUUGUAUUCCAUUUUGGAGGAUUAGUGAUUUAACACUUCAAUAUGUACACCUUUUGCCCCAUUAGUUAUACUUGAAGGAAUUUUAUCCAACAGAAAUAUACAAAUGCACCAAGACACGGGCUCAGUAUAUUAAGCCAUUGGAACCUAACCAAAUGCCCAUCAAUGGGAAAUAGGUUAAGAAAAUUACAGUACAACCAUACAUGAAACUGUUACCUGGCUAUAAAAGAAAUGAGAUCAAUUUCUAUGUAAUGAUAUGAAAAGGUACUCAAAAGGUAUAUCAAGUAAGAAAAGAUCUAGGAGCAGGACAUUAACAGUAUUACCUCUGAAGAUAUUUGAGGUCACUCCCUCCUGUUUUCUAGAAGUGUAGAACAUGUAUUUUAAAUAUAAUUUUUUAAUUUAUAAACUUUUUAAAAUGACAGAAUGCUGCUCUGUGAAUGGAAGACUACAUUGUGUUGCUCCUUUAGAUAGAGUAGAAUUUGCUAAAAAGAAAGUUGCAGCAGGUAAAGUGAAGCACUUAUGUUCUCUUGGCCAUUUUAGACACUAACCAUCUGGAGCAACCAUAUUGCUCUUGCCACAUUGCUAACAAUGUAAAAAUAUCACUUGACUUUCCUAGUGCCUCACAAGUGCUUGUGAGAUAAGACACCAUGAGCCCUGUCAUCUAAAAGGUACCUUAUAAAGGGUUCUCAUUUCUUCUCUUUAUAUUCAUUGCUAAGAAGAGAUCUUAGUGCGUUUGGAUACUCUGCAGCCCUUUGGUCUUUAACUCAAGGAAUAGGGUUCCAGGAUUGAGAGUAAGGACUUUGCCACAGUGUUCAGUGAGGCAAUAAAAAGGACCAUUGUAUUCUAGAAGAUGAAGAACAAAGGCUAUACGACUUUAUAGUGCAAGGGAUAAGUGACGCCAGCCCCUUUAAGAAAAACUGGAAUAGAGCAGCAACUUCAAGUUAUCCUUAAUUAUAUAUAGAUACAUAGUUUAUCAAGUGUACAUUAUUUUCGCUGACUACCUUUGUGUACCAGAAAGAAGAAUCAAGAUUUCCAGUUUACUUAAGCACUCCUCAUCUCAACAAGACUUAAGCCUUCAGAUAAUUACUUGCUUACCAGUUUUCAUUAUAGUGUAUCAGAUCAUUUUACUUUUGAGUCAUUGGCCUAGUAUAGUGAAUAUCUGGGAGUUUUUAAGGUAAUGAAGUUUGUCUUUUCUUAGGAAUGUAGGUGGUUUGAGAACAGGUGUGACUUAAUUCCUCUCUGCUGUGUUUGUUGUCCUACAUUUCCCACUACAUCUGGUCCUUUUUGUAGGGGAUUGAGAAAAAGAUUGUUCUUAGUAUGGAGGAAAGUUGAACAUGGAUGUACACUAAGGAGAGGAACCAAUGCAGAGAGCGAUGAAAAACAGGAAUAGGAUAAUGGGAAAAGUAUAUUGGGAGGGUGAAUAGGAAUGACAUCAAAAGCAUUGGUCUUGAGUAAGAUGAGUCUUCUCCCUCUGUUUUGAGGAGAUUAACAGAUUAAAGAUGUAGAUUUUUUUUUUCCCUCAUGAGUUGGAUGAAUUGAGAAACUACAUCAAGAGGAGAGCUGCUGGGACUGAGGAGAAAGAAGAGGUAGAUAACUUGAGGAAAAUGUUGAGGGUUUGGAAUAGAUUUGCCCAAUAGGUCUCCAAAGAAUCUGUACUAAAGGCAACUUGUGGUUUAUAUUUGUGUAAUACAACUCGAUUAAAUUUUUUUCUAUUUUCAUUCUGAUCUUUAUUCCCACACAGUCUAAAUCACUGACAUUUCAGUGUAUUAAACUCAGUUUGCUAGAUAGUAGAAGACAGUAGGUCUAAUUCUGCACAGGACUAUAAAGUCUGUGUAUUAUAACAGACUUCACUUUCACCCUCCCCAAUUCUUAAUUAAUAUAAUUAUUCCAUGACUCAUAAAGUGUACUGGUUGUAUGAAGGCCCAGAAUACUGGAGUUAUAUUUAAUCCACUGUAAUGUUUUUCUUGUAUAUAAGAGAAAAAAUAACUUGGAUAAUUAUGGGCAUAUCUAUCAUUUAGCUAAGAAUCAGCCUUAAAUGUUAAAUGUCAUUAAGGCAUUUCUUUAUAGCACAACUUCUUUAGACCCUAGCAGUUUAAACUGGGGAAGUAUUUAAAACAUGUUAUAGCAACUUAAAAGUGGUAAAAGAAUACAUUUAUUUUUGUGGAUUUUAGAGUUUGUUUUCUUGAACGUUUUUCUGAUGAGGUUUUCGCCAUUUGAAUUCUGCACAAUUGAUUAGAUGCUAAUUUCUUAAGUACAGUAAUAUGGAUCAUUGCUGUAAAGAAUAGUUUGGCUUUAUCAAUAGUUUGGCUUUUCUUUCCCAAAGAGUAGUAAAAGGUCUGUCAAAAAUGCCUGGGGCAGUCACAGUUGAGACUUGAUCCUAUAGAAUUGUUUGUUCUCUUUCAUAGUUAGAUCUCCUCUGGGGAGGAACCCACUGUGUACUCAUCUCUGUUUGGGAAACUACCUUUUCUUUUAACUGUUGGUUUUUACAUGGUGUGAUAUAAAAUUAAGAGAGAAAACAAAAAUAUGAAAAGCUGUAAUAUAAAGGCUCAAAGCACUGGUAUUAUUUAGGUGAAAGGUUAUUUGAUAGACUUAAAUUUUUCUUGUUCUCUCUCCAGAAAACAGAGAAUAUGUAUCACAGCAAGAGUUUCAUUGGGUGUAAGAAAGCAUACUAGAAUACGUGCUGGUGUACUGACAUGCAUCAAAAUGUAGUAGGAUAUAUAAAUUCAGUUUGUAAUUAUAAUUUUGUCAAGUUUGUUAGUUAUAGUUUAGCAUUACCUGAAAAGUUUAAUUACAUUAAAUCCCAAAGGAUAGUCCCAAUUAUUUCAUUUAACUGAUAUUUUCAUUGGGAAUAUUGCUCUGAUAAUGGUCUAUCAUUGGGGCUUAUAAUUUUUUUUUUACACAGAGAAUACUGAAAUAGGUUCAGAGUUCAUUGAUCAAAAAAGUAUUAUUAAUACCAUUGAUAUAGAAAUAGAAUUUCCUCAUGAAAAUGAAGCAUUUAGGAGUUCAAUUUAUUAGUAGUAUUAUUUAGUUUGCUGCUUCAUUCCACAAUAUUCUGAGUGGGAGUAAAAAGCAAUUAUAUCUUUAAACUGCUUAAGAAUUAUCCGAGGAUUAAAAUUUAACUGGCUUUUUUCCUCAAAUACUUUUGUAUUUAAUGGUUAUUAUAUAUAAGUAUAAGGUGUCUGUUACAUAUUUUAUUGAAACAGUUUACAUGACUUUGUAGCCAAACAUUUCUAAGUGCCAAAUUGAAUAAAUGUUAAAUUGAGGAUAUUUUAAAAGCAUUCAAAUAAGCGGUUUUAAACUUUUUUUAGUCACAAACCUUUUGGCGGGGUAUAAUUGCUUUGAGAGUCUGAUGGGCCAUGGGCCCUCUUCUCAGAAAAAUCUGUAUCUGAUUUUGCCUCUAGUUUCAGGGAGUUUUUGGAGUCCCUAGACAUUUAUCUCUGUGCACUCUAGGGUCAGUUUAAAACCUCACCUCAGGUUACCUUGUGGAUGUGAGAAAUAUCCUUUUAGAUACAUUUAUAGGCAUAGACAUUUAACAAAUCUAUUUGGAGAGUCCUUUGAAAUCCAUCUUGAGGAUUAUUUUAAAAGUAAUAUCCUUAGUCUCAAAGGCAUAUAUUACAGUCUUUGGAAUUUUUUUUUAAGCUAAACAAACCAUUAAAAACCUCUAUUGCUACCAAAUGGGUGACUACUUUUCCACUUUUUUCUUGGGAAAGAUUUUCCUUUAGGAUCUGUAAAAUUUCAUGGUCAUGCUAGGAUGUAAUGAUUUUCAUUAAGAGAGUAAAUUCCUUUGCUUUGUGUAGUAGAAUCCUGAGGAACUUGAACAUUGGUAGGAGAGAGUAUUCUAAUUGGAUUUUAAGUUACCUCAGUAUUUACCAGAUGACUUAUACUGAAAAAUCUUUUCAGUGUAUUUUUAGUAAAUACAGUGCUUUUGGAUUUUUGUAGGAGAUAGGUCAUCAUUUCAGUUAUCAUUAUAUACAGUAUAGUUAUAAAAGAUGAAUCUGAACUCCUGGGCAUUGUUUAGAAGCUAAAUAUUCAGCCACAAACCAAAAUUCUAAAAACAAACAAAUUGUAAGUUUCAAUAAGUUUUCUUUACUGUGCACUAAACAUUCUAGAAAUCUGAUUGUGUCUAUGUCCGUUUGUAUACUGUGUGUAAGAAUAUAUGCAUUU